CAUGGUUGCCAACAAGACGCAGGCUGCCGCGUGGCCCAGCCCCCACCACCAACGUGGCAUCGCUGAGGCGGGCCUGUUCGCUCGUGCCCUAGACGAAUGUGGCAAGAACUUCGGUGCCAUCAAGAAGGACUUUCUGCCCUGGAAACCGGUGAAGAGCCUGAUUGAGUUCUACUACCAGGGACGCCAUCCCAAGCAGGAACCACAAGAGGAUGGAGAGGAAGAUGAAGGUGCUGCUGGCUGCAGUGGAGGAGGCCACUGUUCCACUGCCAACUGUGUCAAGAAGGAGCCCGAGGUGAAACCCGAGCCUCCGGACGAGGACGACGAGGAGCUGCCGGCAACAGAGGAGGCGCCCGUGACUUCCCCCAUGGACGGAAGGAGGUGGCAGUGAAGAGGACCCGCACGGCCCCGUCGGGCCCGAGGUGAAGCCCAUGAGUGCCAAGCCCCUGAAAGCGCCCGAAGACGCCGCCUCAGUGGCACCAGUCGGUUCGCUCAAGUUUUUUUCGGGGGGUCGGCUGGUGCUGAAGUUGAGCGCCCAGGAAGGGGGCUCCUGGGUGGAAGCUCAGGACACCCCGCGUUUGGGGCGCCCACGCCAGCCCCCCUCGGAGGAUGCGAGUGACGACGACGACGGUGCACCAGGGACGUCCUCUGGUGCAGGAGGCGGCGCUACGCCACCACUCAGAGGCAGUUCCCGGUGCACGUCGUGGCCAGAGACAGCCCCUCUGACACCUUCGGGAAGCCUAGCAACAGCGAGGAUGGCGACACCUGAGGACAGCACCUCAGGGGGUUGCAACAACACGAACAACAGCACGGAAGAUGAAGACGCAGGCGACGACGACAGCAACCAGCAGCGGCCCCCAUCAGCCUCCAGGGCUGCGGCUUCGCCCAAGUGCCCGCCUCAGGCACCCCCUCUAGGCCCCCCUCCACCCCUGAAUUUGACCCUACGUCCCCCAGCACCACCUAGGACCCAGAGCGCCUCCAACUCACCACCACCACUGUUGAUGCCACAGGGGUCACCGCUCGCUGACG